AUGACAGUCAUGGAUGACCAUAUUUCUGUCAUUCCUUCAGAAAGAUUCAAGAAGAUUCUGUUUGAGUUUAAGGAGAGCAAAGACACUCCCAAAAGUAUCAAGCAGAAACUUGCAACAGAAGAAAGUGAGAAGGAAUUACGGCUAACGACAGAGGAAAUAGAAUGGUGCCAUACUAAAAUAAGAGAAAGCAGUAGACCUGAGAGGAUUCAUGAAUUGCUCACAGAGAGCCAAAUCAUCUUGCCCAAAUAUGAACCUCCUCCCCGCAGCCCAGAACUUGAGGCGCGCAUACAACGGCUCCGAUUUGAGCAAGAAAAUCGCGAGUACAAGAACAUGACCAAAUCUGUGGAUCCCACUCUUCAGCGGGAAAACUUGGGGCUUGGAGAAAUUGGUCAGGACAUCAGAACAGUUAAUCAGCACAUUAUAUCAGGUAUGCAGUAUCUUUUGUCUGUUGUUGGCACUUUUUUUGCUAUUUUUAUUGCAGCUGGCAUGGCCACUUCAGACUAUGGUGUGAGAGCCUUGGUAGCCUCCAUAUCAGCUGUCAUUGUAGGCUUUGCCGAGCUGUUCUUUAUCAUUAGGGAUGAUAUUAGGAAAGAAAAUGAGCUGAAAAAGAAUAAGUAAGAUUUACUUUCGUCAAAAGAUAUGCCCUUAAUGGUCAAACAUCACAGUUUAUGUAAUGACAGAAUUAAGUUGGUGCACAAAAAUGAAUGUAAUCUCUACAAUACCAAAUAUAAGAGCAAAUCUGCUCCAGUUUAUAGAAGAAAGUGUGUUGACAGGUGUUUGCCAAAUGACAAAGCUUUUUUUAGAAUGCAUACUAAAUUAGAUGACCACUUACAUAGUGCAUCUUGAAAAUAAUGUCCCUGGUUUAAUUAUUAAUUUAUUAAUCAUUAGGUUUUUACAGCAUUUCUUGUAAGGAAAGUAGCAACUAGACAAUCAUUUGAACCACAUAGGAGAGCAUCAAGGUAGUUACAAGUGCUUGUUUUGUUAAUCCACUGUGAAUAUUUAAGGUCCAGGGAACAACACUCAUGGUGCUGAAAAAGUAUUAAGGUGGAAAUAUGCAAGAUUGAUAGGAAAGGAAGGUUAGGAGAUUUUCCAAUUCAGUCUUAAUAGUUGUGCUGUGUAAAGAAAUAACAACUUUUAAAAGUAUUAGUAAGAAGCUUCUCUGCCACAUGGAAUAGUUUUUAGAAAAUCAAGAAGUUCCUGGCUGAAAUAGUGUUGAGUAACAGCCCCAGGGGUGGAGAAGUUUGUGAAGCUGCCUCUCCAUUCUUUGUAAAUGUAAAUCAGAAAAACUGAAUGCCCUAUGGUUUCCAUGAGAUAAUUGUAAACUGUGUUUACCUAAGUCAGUGUUUGACCUAAUAAUUUUCACAGUUUUACAUAAAUAUUCAUUACUAAAAGAAAUGGGAUAGACAAGAUAUCCCAUGAAUCAUAAUUAAUACAUUACUUGAACAGAGGCCAAAGUCAUUUUGAGUGUCUUCCAGUAUUUCUCAUUGUAAAUUUGUACCUAAAUGCAACUAUAAACAUUAAAAAUACAUGACAUUGCAUAUUUAUGUAAAAAUAGUUUAAGCAGAUGCUAAUUAGUGUAUUUUCUGGAAACAAUAGGGUGUUGUUUGCCUGCCAGAUUUAAAUUAAAAAAAAAAAAUAUAUAUAUAUAUAUAUAUAUAUAUAUAUAUAUAUAUAUAUAUAUAUAUAUAUAUAUAUAUAUAUAUAUAUAUAUAUAUAUAUAUAUACAGGAAACUUUGCAGAAUUAUUCUACACUGUGUGGUGAAAAUAACUUCAUCCAAGGAAUUGUUGAUGCCAGGAAUUGAUAUUUGAUCAACCAUGGAAGAAUAAUGUAGAUUCAACACUAGAAAACUGUCGGCCACAAUGAGAAGCUAAUCUGUUAUGUCAAGAAGUAUGCUUUUUCUCAAUGCUUUUGGGAAGAUGGUGAAAAAUUUUGCCAUGCCAAAAUUUGCAAUUUCAGUGUUAGGCAAAAGAGUUGGGUUCAUUCUGUGUGAAAAAUCUUGCUGUUGUCAUAAUUCUUUGUCAGGUGCCCCUCCAAUCUAUGUAAUAACCACUUCUAUCCUCUUGUCCCUCAGGCAUCUCUGUCGUCUCAUUUUUCCCUACUGUACAACCUGUCUUCCUAAUUAUCAAAUAAUAUUUAGGCAUGGGAUUGUAAUCAAGUGUACAGUAAGAUGUAUUUAAAGAGUAAUAGGUAAAAUGAAGAAGAAAUAAUGUGGAUAGUUCAGCUGUGAAUGAUCAAUGAGGUGCAUGAGUAAGACAAAAAGUGGUAUUUAAGGUAUGAAGGGAGGCUGCUGGGCUGUUUCUCCUCCCAACUGCCUCUGCCAACACCACCCUCCUCCCUCCCCUUGAGGUAAGGCAUCAAUCACCACCAAACACAUGCUAGGUGGAAAUUUAAGCCACGUAAAAAGAGGCGGCAUUACAACACAACAAUGCAUAAGUAUGGCAGAGACUGAGGUAGGAGACUUGGGUAAAGGCAGUGUGGGCAACAGUGGAUGGACAGCAAUGACAUCACCCAUUUGGUCAAGAUUGCGGCUGAUAUGAGCUGAGCGUCAGGAUUUUUUUAGUUAGAUUUAAAGCUUCCAUAGAUAUGAGUAGGGUUCCAAUAGUAUCAUUAGAUUUUGACACAGAAAACCUUUCACAGCCUUACUAGUGUACAGAACUAUAACUCCCUUCCCUUGCACUGCCACUACCCAGUCUCCUACCUCAGCCCUUAACAUAUGUCACUUGAAGUGAUUUAAAUUCCCAUCUAGUGUACAUUUGGUGGUGGUUUACGCCAUGCCUCGAGAGGAGGGUGGUGGUGGUGAUGGCAGCGGUGGGGAGGAGUGACCAUCUUGCUGCCUCAAAUAUCAUCUUUGUCUUCCCCAGGCACCUCAUUCAUCACUCACAAUUGAGUUGUCCCAAUUAUUUCUUUUGAAUUUUAUAUCACUAUGUAUGAUUAUUGACAAAUUAAAGCCAAUAACUUAAAUAAUGAGAAAACAGGGUUAAAAUAGCAGUUUGGUCCAGAGUCCCUUUAUAUCCACCUUUAUCCUACUGAGCUCAUCCAAUCAGUGAUGCAGUCAGUGAUCCUCUAAAGAGAGGCCCUUAAUGUUACAGGUGCCCACAAACAAAACACACUCUAAAGUUCAGCUCAGGCAGGCACUGCUUCUGCACUAUCUGUGCCACUCCCCAAGGCAAAUAAUUUACUUCCUAGUGCUAUAAUAUAAUCUGAUUAGUAUCUCAUCCUUUCCCUCUAAUUCCUGCUAUCUUCCCUUUUCUCUUAUACUUAACCCUUCUCCUAUUUUCAUGUUUGUGUGAGGCAUACAGAAUAUGAAAUGGUGGGAAGCAACCAGCAGCUAGUUAUUGCCUGGGUCAUAUUUAUGAAUACUUUUUUUAACUCAAAUGUAAGUGAUCACCACAUAGUACUUGCAAAGAAAGCUCACAAACAAAAUAUAAAUGACUUGCACAAUGUAUAUGAUAGUGAUAUUUGAAACUAGUCUUGUUUAUCCAGCUGCUGCAAGAGGCUAUUUUAAUGUCCUUUAUCUUGUUUACUGGGAGAAAGAUGAUUAUUAUUGACUUGUACUAUCAGGCCCUACCUGAAACAACAAAAUUUCCCUUCAGCCAGCAUGCAGACAAUAAGGAAAAGACUUAAAAUUUAAGAUACAGUCAUAGCCUGCCCUACAUCAAAAGAUGUGACAUACCCUGUUUUUAACGUAAACUGAACAUGAUGCCUUAAAAUGGCUGUAAAACACCUUAAAACUAGCGUGUAUGCCCCAUACACACUACCAUUCGCCACUAUUGGCACGUCCUGUUAAUCGAGUGUUUGAUACUCAAAACUGGCAGUGUAGACAGGAAGCCAGUGAGCGAACACUGGCAAUGGCACUGCUCGUCGGUGAAACUCAAGGAGACUGUUCUCUGGUGAAACUCAUUGACAACUGCUGGCAAUGUAAUGGUAGUGUGUACGGGGUUUUACAUAUUGUACUGCAUGACAACAAACACCUUACAACUAGUGUCAUCAGCACACAUAAAAAUGUAACUUGCUGAGGCAUAAUAUAUAUAUAUAUAUAUAUAUAUAUAUAUAUAUAUAUAUAUAUAUAUAUAUAUAUAUAUAUAUAUAUAUAUAAUUACUAUAGAAAAGUGGCAAAGUUGAAUCUGAUGAAAGUAAAUAUGAUGUGAAGUGGGGUAUGACUGUACCCUUCUAAACCAUGAGGCAAUUUUCUUGAAAGCUGUAAAGCAGUUCAGCAAAUAUGUUACUUCUGUAUGCAUUAUAUAAUGUAGUAUUAUCACUGAAAUACAUAUAUUCAAUAAUUUCAUGGUAUGCAUGUGUGUGUUAGAACUCGACAAGAGUAUAAAGACAAUUUGUCUACCUGUAAAUAUUUUUUUGUGUGUGUGAAAGUAUGACUGAUCACUUUUCAGGUCAUCAGUGACUUUAUGACUUGAUGAUGUGCUUGAGUCAAUGAAUUUAAACUCCAUGUUUAAAGAUUACAUUCCAUAUAAAAGUGUCUCCUUAAAA